AUGGCUCCCAAGAAGAACACCCGCGACCGUGUCGCCACGCCGUCCUCGGCCGCCGUCCCCGUCCAGGAGGCGCCCGCCGCGCCAGCAGUUUCCUCCCUCCCAGCCAAAACGACUCACAAAGGCGGCCGCGCCAACUGGGAUGAGGUCCUGCUCAACAUCUACCAGUACUACAUGAAGGAGACGCCACAGCGGACGAAGCUUAUUGAUGUGUUCUUGUUCUUUUUGAUUGCCGUCGGCGGGCUGCAGUUUGUGUACUGCGUCCUCGCGGGCAACUAUGUGCGUUUCUUUAUAGCCUUGGACAGAGACCGAUACGGGACUGUCACUGCGAAUACAGACGACUACGGCGAAUAA